CAAGGCUAAUUCGGUGUGUGUGUGUGUGUGUGUUCGGGAGUUUGAAGGGCCGUUGCAAGAUUUAAAUCCUGCAUUUCACCCCUUCAUUCUCCCCACUGGACUGGUGGAGAGGUGUGUGUGGUAUGUGUACGUGUGUUAAUGUGCGUCACACUUUGCGCUCCCAAGUGAGGAAGCAGCAGCGCCUCACAGAACAACUUCAGACUCUCGCGCGCCCCGCAACGCGCAGGCGCGCCGGCGGUUCCCCUCCACCUUUCGAGCGGGAAAAGGGAAGGGGGGGGGGAGAAAAAAAAGCGUCGGCAGAACAUGGCGUCUCCCUCUUUCGCCUCGGCUCUUCCCUUUCUCCCGGGACCCGCGCCUGCGCAAUCGGACUCUCAGAUGUCCUUGGUAGAUUUGGGAAAGAAGCUUUUAGAAGCUGCUCGAGCCGGCCAAGAUGAUGAAGUUCGCGUUUUGAUGGCCAAUGGAGCACCUUUUACUACAGAUUGGCUGGGAACAUCUCCACUUCAUCUAGCAGCACAGUAUGGCCACUAUUCAACUACAGAAGUGUUACUACGAGCAGGAGUAAGUCGAGAUGCAAGGACCAAAGUGGAUCGGACACCACUUCACAUGGCAGCUUCAGAAGGCCAUGCAAGCAUUGUAGAAGUUUUGCUUAAGCAUGGUGCAGAUGUAAAUGCAAAGGACAUGCUGAAAAUGACUGCUUUGCAUUGGGCCACGGAGCACAAUCAUCAGGAAGUUGUGGAACUCUUAAUAAAGUACGGAGCAGAUGUCCAUACCCAAAGUAAAUUUUGCAAGACUGCACUAGACAUUGCCAUAGACAAUGGAUUUGAAGACUUGGCAGAAAUUCUACAGGCCCAGAGUUCCCCAAUGUUUCCGGCUUUGCGGAUCGGCAGGGUGGGGGCGAUGUUUGUGGCUACAGAAGAAGUGGUGACCGCCGAAUCUGUGGAUGGUGCAAUUCAACAAGUAGUUAGUUCUGGAGGUCAGCAGGUUAUCACCAUAGUAACAGACGGGAUACAGCUGGGAAAUCUUCAUUCCAUUCCCACCAGUGGAAUGGGUCAACCCAUUAUAGUGACCAUGCCAGAUGGGCAACAAGUACUUACAGUACCAGCCACAGACAUUGCAGAGGAAACAGUAAUCAGUGAAGAGCCCCCAAUGAAAAGACCAUGUAUUGAGAUAAUUGAAAAUCGGGUGGAGUCGGCAGAAAUCGAAGAAAGAGAAACGUUACAAAAACAGCUGGACGAGGCUAACCGGGAAGCUCAGAAGUAUCGCCAGCAACUUUUGAAGAAAGAGCAAGAAGCAGAAGCUUGCAGGCAGAAGUUGGAGGCCAUGUCCCGCCUCCAGACUAGCAAAGAAGCUGUUUGAGUGGGUGAAGUGAGCAUUCUAUUCUAUACAGGAUAAGACAACCGCAGAACAAUCUGUUUCUGCAUAACGCAUAUUGCAGGUGCAGAACUGAGAUUCUUUGUCAAAGAAGAUGCUACUGGACUUAAGCCAUGAGCUCUGGUGAAUUUUCUUGUAUCAUAAAAAAAAAACCUCAGAAUUUAGACAUUUUUGUGCAAAAUAUUUAAAAAAAGAAAAGAAAAAGAAAUACUGUAAAUAGUUUUUUUUUUACAGUUCCAAAAUUAGUUGUUUAAUCUUUUUGGAAGGGAUCCACAAACCUGCAAUGCCAAUGUUUUUGUGACUUUUUUUUUAAUUUUUAGUUUACUAUGACUCUUCUGAGAUACAGAACAGUUUUAAGGAGGAUAACUGUCGAUUUAAACUGUGCUGUGUUAAAUGAAUUAUGUGACAGAACCGAGCUUGAAUGCUAUGAAUUAGACCCCUUGACUAAAAUUCAUUUCCUGAUUAUUGUUAUUAUCCUUUGUACAGCUUUAAGGAGUUGGCCGAGGCCUCCGAACAAUGCCCCCCCUUUUUUUAGGGAAGAAAAAGUGUAAUUUUUUAUAUUUAAUUCCUGAUAUAUUCAAGUAGAUUGACAUGUAUAUGAAGCUGAUAUUUUUAAAAAUUUUCAGUUUGUACAUAUGCUGCAUGUUUUUUUUAUGAUUUCUAUAUACAUCUUCCAUAAGUAUUUUUCAGGAAAGAGGAUGAAAAAUUAUGAUUAAAAAAAAAAAACUCUAGGCUGCAAGUGGGUAACUUUGGCAACUUUACGACCUGUGGACUUCAACUCCCAGAAUUCCUGAGCCAGGCUCAGGAAUUCCUGGAGCUGAAGACCACAGGUCGUAAAGUUGCUAGAGUUGCCCAGCCCUGCUGUAAGUCAUGGGGGUAGGGGGUAGAUGAAGAAGCCAGUGAAUAACUGUGGGUCAAUUGUUUUUCUUUUCUAUCGGGAGCCCUAUUUCUUAGAGGGAUGUAACUUGGGAGAAGAAAAAGAAAACAAAAACUAGUAUUUAUGUAAUAUAUUAGCUAUAUGAAAAUAUUACCCUUAGCGCAGCCAAUCAUAUUUUCAGGGUGUAAUGGGAUAAUUCUGCAGAUGGAGAACAAAUUUCAAAUCCUUUCCCCCCAAACUCUUAAGCUUAACCUCUCCCCCUACUAUGCUGCCACCUGCUGGACAGGAUGUUAAGAUUCACAUCACAGCAACCCUUUGUCUCCAUUCAGCCCCCCACCCCCUCAAAUGCAAAUGUGGGAUAAGGAUCAUAGGCUGAUAUCUGGAAUUGGAUAUCCAGGCUGUCCUCCCAAGAAAUCUGUUGGUAAAUGGCACACAAGUGUGUCCAUCUCUCACAAUACCUUUAAUCUGACUGGCCAACUGACAGCAGGUACCGAUGAUGAAACCUCUUAAAACAGUUCACAACGCAUGCCCCACAAAGAUUUUAUCACCUGCUAGAGAUUGUCAAAAUAAAAAAAGGGGUGGGGGAGUGGAAGGAAGUGAUUUGAAGAAAUGGCAUCUCACCACACUUCUCCAAGGGGACAUCCCUCAAACGUUGAAGGUCAUGAGACUGGAGAAGAUGAAGUUGGGCAAACCAGUGACUUCCUCACCCUCCUCCUUUCCAUGGUUGUGGCUGUUGUAUACCGAUAGCCUAAAACGCUAGAAAAUUCGUCACAGUUAUUGAGGUCAUCUCUUCCACAACAUUCCCACUAGGGCUGCAAAACAAACAGGGCUCAUAGAAGAGUCUGAAGUCCUUGCAUGCGUUUUAUCUAGGAGCUACCUAAAGCGAAAAUCCACGUUCUCUCUGCUCGGCCACCGUCCCUGUGGCUUUUUGCUCUCCCUUCUUCCAACAAAGCUUACCGAAGAAAUGCUCCUCCUUCACAUUUGUGCCCAUCGUCUCAGUCGUAACAGUACCACUAAUACACACAGGUGCACGUAAUUUUCACCCUUUCUAUCCGCCCAACAGCAUUUUAAGACGGUCCUAAAUCAUGACUGACCUCUAAGGGGCAGCUUUGUGUGGCCGUUUGGGUGGUUGCCUUCUGUUAUUUUGGACAGCUCUGAUGUUUUAAUUUGCGUGGUCUUCACGGGGAGACAAUUCUUACCAUUUCCGGGUGAAUGGUGUUUUGAAAUUUUCAGUUUUUACCUGUCUUUUCUCUCUUCUCCUACGCCAUCCAGGUUUAUUGGUACUUAGCACCCACAUUUGCUAACCAAUAUGAUCAGCGGUUAUUGAAGUAGAGUUUGAAGUCUGCCAUGCUUGACCUAUAUUAAAUUGUGAAGGAGUGAUUUGGGCCUUCAAGGUAUUGUGGGGAUAAUAUAUACCAAGGUAUAGGAGGCCAACCCCAAGUACCUUUACACAUGAAAAAAAAGUUCACUGUUAAAAGAAAUAAGGAUGUUUUUAGACCUGAAACUUGUAAUAUAUCCUCAAAAAAUAGAUCCCUACUGGACUUCAGCCCAGAACAAAUGUUACGAAACCUACUAAAGGUUUUGCAGCUGAUGGAAAGGAAUGAAGAGUAGAUCUCAUUGUAGAUGGGAUUUGAAUACAAAGAGAAAAGAGAUGGCUCCCCCCUUCCCCCUCACCUUGUCUUGUGUGAGCUUUGUACUUGCACUCAGGCAAACAUAAGGAAAUAUUUAUAAACAUUUAUUUCCUUAUCAGUCACCGUUGAUGUAGUUGGGUCUACAUCAUUGCAUUUCCUGCUGCAAGUGUUGACCUGCAGAGACCCAGGAACAUCCAGAGAUUGGUUGGCUUUCGGAUAAUUCACAGACCAUACUUGCCUUAAAGAUUUACCAAGUGCUACAAACGCUUUUACCCUUUGUUCAGGCUACUGUGCAGCUCCCUUUCUUUCCACGUAUACCUUGUUAUUUUUGAUUUGUGCUUUGCUUUGUUUAUCUUUCAGUGCUUUUAUGAAACGUAUAACUUUAUAAAUCAUCUAGAUUACCUAUACGGAAGAAUUGCCC